AUGCAGUAUUCAACAGUUAGGAAAUUUGAAGUGUUCGGUUGGUCUAUUAUUGAAAUUACACAACGUCACCUUGAGAUCAAAGCUGAAUCACAAAGCGAUUUGCUGUUUGAACUGCGCUUGUUUGUUGACUAUGCGCUGUGCGCUUCAGUGGAAAUCAAGAGCGAAGUUCGAAUCGAUAGAGCCUCAGGUUACUCUCAUAUCCAGAAUUUGCCGACAGCUCAACUCCACAUGAACCGAUGGGAGACCUAUCAGUACAGUCCACCCAAUACUCUGCAACAAGUGGCAGCACGGGAUGCAGCAUUUUUUGGAGUUGAGGCUUUUCAACAUGGUACGAUCGGAAACUUCCUCGGAUCGAACAUUGAAGGUGUGAUGCAGAAGCCGGUUGUUGUGAAAGAGGUUGCUGUCCGCAGGAUCUUUUUUGGUAUUUUUUAUACGAAUUUAUGCAAUGGAAAUUUAUUUUGUGAUCUAAAUCCGUUGUUCCAAACUCUGCUCAAAGCAUCACUACAGUCUGAAUGUAAAUCAUUCUAUGUUCUCAGUGAUGAACACACUGCUGAGAACGGCAUCUGCAUGCAUUCCAGUAACAUCAUCAAUAGAUUGAUGGCUGGAGUGUUUGUUUUGUUAGGCUUCGUACUUCUUGUGUUCAUCGUUGGUGCUUGCAUCGUAAUAUUUUGCUAUUGGCGAACAAAAAACGAGCAGCGAUACAAGGCCCGUGAAUACAGCUCGUAUGGCUCGCAGAUUGGUAUGCAUCCAGAUAGCUGUUAUAAUUCAUACACAAAUCCGGUGAUGUUGCAAAGUGGAGGGCAUAUAAGUUGGAUGGGCUUCGGUGAGGAGAAUCUGCUUGAUGCUGAGAAUCCUUCUGUCGGCCAUGGCUUGUUAUCCAUCCCGCUGGCCGUUAAGUAUUAUAAAAUCAACUUCCUACCUAUUGAAAAAAUUUGCCGACAGGUCAAAACUCCUGUUUUUUUAUUUACUACGUGUAAGAAAGAUGUGAAGGAACUCGGAAUCAAUUCAAGUCCCAGCUGGAACUACCUGUUGGUUAGACUCAAUGGCUUCGUCGAUAGCCUCUUCCUAGGACUAUUUAGAAUCAACGUUGAUGGUGGUUUCGAAUCCCUAGCAUAUACUAGGACCAAUUAA